UGUCUGCAUGCGAUCUCGGAUUCCACAUUUGUUUUGUUAUUGUAAUUUUAUAAAACCCAAGAGUUUCUUAAAGCUAUUGAUAGGUAUUAUUGUGAGACGCCAUUCAAAUAAAUUUGUAACUUAGUAAAAUUUGUAUGUGUAAGAUUUAUUUCCUAAGAUGGAAAUCCGUUUGGAAGACUUCAACCGUUGUUGUCGCUGCUGCCUUGCGAUGGUGGAUGCAAUGAAACCUAUAUUUGGUGCUUGUCUCAAUGAUAUGCUUACAACAUUAAUGAGCUUUCAGAUAGCACAGAAUGAUGGAUACCCGCAGCAAAUGUGCUCCCAAUGUGUUCGCAGACUGAGCUCUUCUUACACUUUCUACACCAUGGUGAUGAGAAGCCACAAGACUUUAGAAGAAAUAUUAAAGACAGCUGAGAAAAAUGGAGAAUUAUCCGCUUCAACAGAAUGCCAGGAACAAAGAAAAGAGAAAGUAUACACUGAAAUAGAAAAAAUAGAAAAAACUACACCACUGAAAAGUUAUGUGCAGAAGAAAGUGGCUUGUGAUCUAAAUUUUAAUACAAAAACAAUGGCUGCAAAACCGAACACGCCUAUAAUAUCGGACUCUGAAAAUAGUGAGAGCCCAUCUGAUAAAGAAGACUAUUAUCACUGUUCACAGUGUGAACAUACUUCAAAGAACCAAGAGACUUUUGAGAUUCAUCUUCGAACACACCUUGUUGGACCUAAAAAUAUUUCCAAAGACCUAGACGUCUGCCUCCAACUAUGUAAUAUAUGUGGUGCUCGCUUUCGCUGGCGAACAUCACUGCACAAGCAUUUGAGGCGGCAUCGUGGCGGCCGACACAGGUGCGAGGUCUGCCAAAAAGUGUUUGCCGAGGCCUCCACUCUAAAUGUGCAUAUGGUGAGUCACAGCUUAAACCAAAAACCGUACCAAUGCAACACUUGCGGUCGCUCGUUCACUCAACAAUCCACCCUGAGGAAACACGCGCAGACGCACGAUGCCCGCUCCCAACUUAAAUGCAGCGACUGUGAGAAGAGUUUUCUGCAUAGAUAUUCAUUGCUGAGACAUCACGAAAACGCUCACUCGGCUAACGAGUGUCCGCUCUGCAGAGAAAUAUUUAGAGGUAAAAAGCUCCUCGAUGCACACAUGAAGCUUCAUAAAAAGGAGACGGACAGCCCACACACAGAAAUGUUGACAGAUAAUGAAAUGGUGACUGAAUCAAUAAAUAUUCAGACAGUUACGGUGGAAUUCCUGUGUCUAAUAUGCACUCAAAAGUUCCAAAGCAGAGAGAGUCUAGAGGUACAUAUUUGCGCUAAGGAUAAAAUCAGCUGAAGACUUGUGGCCGCUACGUUUAAAGAUAUACCGGGUGUUUCCUGUAACACGAGCAAAUAAUUAAACUAUAUAUUGCACUCCUAAAACGAUAUAACUUUUGAUUAACAACUUUUAAAAAUGAUGAAAUCUUUACAUUUUAACUUUUUCAUACAAAUUUAAUAUUAUUUUCAAUGUACGCUGACAUCAGUGUGUUUGACGUUGCUUGUCACGCUUUAAACAUAACAAAAUUCGCAAUACAUUGCGUCUUCGAAUUAACUUUAAUCUGUAAUAAAAAUCAAAACAUAAAUUAUUUUUCAAAGUUGUUGAACAAAUGUUGGUCAGUUUGAGGAGUUCAGCCUGCAGUUUAAUUUAUUGCUCCUGUUACGGGAAACACCCGGUAUAAUCUCUACUUCAACUAGAAACUUCUUUGUUAUUUAAGUACCUAAGGUUUGUGUUUUAAAUUGAAAUAAUAAAAAAUAUUUGGUAUAAUUUCUUUUGAUUA